AAUAAAGUUUCACGUUCACCUUCUCGAGAGAGGGAAAAUCAAAUACUGUGAUCAGUUCUAAGUUUUGUUGUACUAAGUUUGUAUGCUCAUUAAUAAGCUUUUGCAAAGCGGCGGCGACUGAAUCAAUUUGUCGCAGUUCCCUUCCAUAGACGCAGGCCGCAUUGACCAUCGAGAAACAGGGAAUUGGAAUUACUCGACGUGAAAGGAUCUUGAAACUUGCAUCUGGCGCUGCCCGCUGGCGUAGUUGACACAUCAUCAUGAAGCGCAGGUCGUGCCGAUAAAAGAUCCUGAGAAUGAUGUAUUUUGGGACUAGUCUAGUUUUCUUCAGUUUUCAUGUCACGCUCAUUAGUAGUUUAGACAUAUUUAGAAAACCGUUAGAUGAUUUGGAAAAGAAGUACGGUUCCUUCCCUGAGGAACUUCGCUUACAGCUCAGGGAAGAAGCCAGAGAAAUGUUUUAUUUUGGAUACAACAAUUACAUGAAACAUGCUUUCCCGAUGGACGAGCUGAAUCCAAUAAUGUGCACUGGAAGAGGCCCCGACUAUGCCAAUCCGUCCAAUAUCAACAUCAACGAUAUUUUAGGCGAUUACAGUUUGACAUUAGUCGACUCUCUUGACACUCUAGCUGUCUUGGGAAAUGCCUCUGAGUUUCAAAGAGCUGUGGAACGAGUUAUUGACAAUGUGUCAUUUGAUAAAGAUAAUGUUGUACAAGUCUUUGAAGUAAAUAUCCGGGUUCUUGGAGCUCUUCUAUCUGCUCACAUGUUAAUGACAGAUCCUGCACAACCCUUGGGGCAGCUUAAACCACCAUGGUACAAAGAUGAAUUAUUACAUCUUGCUCGAGACCUGGCUAACCGCCUUUUACCAGCAUUUACUGAGAGUGGCACAGGUAUACCCUACCCUCGAGUGAAUUUGCGUCAUGGAAGAGGCUCAGUAACUAGCGCUGCAGCAAGAUCCGUUGAAACUUGCACAGCUGGUGCAGGUUCAUUAGUUGUAGAAUUUGGCUUGUUAAGUCGUCUACUUAAAGAUCCUAUCUAUGAAAACCAUGCGAGAAAAGCAAGCCGGACACUUUGGAAUCUGAGGUCAAAAACAACAGGCCUCCUUGGGAAUGUUAUAAAUGCUGAGUCUGGACAGUGGAUAGGGCGCUUAAGUGGUCUUGGUGCAGGUUUGGAUUCAUUUUACGAGUACCUCCUCAAAGCUUACAUUAUGUUUGGUGAAGAGGAUGACUACAAGAUGUUUUCUGAAGCAUAUGCAAGUAUUAAACAGUAUAUGCGAAGAGGACGUCCUCACUGCAAUAAAGGUGAGGGAGACCACCCUUUGUAUGUGAAUGUCGACAUGCAAAGUGGCGAUGUUCAUACUUCAUGGAUUGACAGUCUCCAAGCAGCAUUCAGUGGCAUUCAAGUUCUCCAUGGAGAUGUAGAAGAAGCUAUCUGUUCACAUGCACUUUACUAUUUCAUUUGGAAGUACUAUGGUGUUUUGCCUGAACGUUGGAAUUGGCAGCAACUUUCUGCAGAUGUGGCAUUCUAUCCUCUUCGUCCAGAGCUCAUUGAGUCCACGUAUCUUUUGUAUCAGGCUACAAGGAGCCCAUUUUAUCUUCAUGUUGGGAAAGAUAUUCUGAACAGUUUAAACAGUCUUACCAGAACAACAUGUGGCUUUGCUACAGUCCAUAGUGUUCUAGACCGCAGUCUUGAAGAUAGAAUGGAAAGCUUUUUCCUCAGUGAAACCUGCAAGUAUUUAUUUCUCCUAUUUGAUACAGAAAACUUUGUGAAUAAGAAUCAUGGCAAUUAUAUUUUCUCAACAGAAGGUCACUUACUUCCUUUACUUCCUAAAUUCAGAGAUAAGCAAAUAAAACAUUUAGGUUCACCUAGGAUUAGUGUUUCUGCCAAUGUGUCAGCACCUUCAUGUGAAGCAGUCGAUGCAGAACGGACAUUUUUCCUGCCUUUGAAGUCAAAGUACCUGGACCAAAUAAGCAGACAAUUAGGAGUUAUCAUCAGUAAUUAUUCUUGAGAAAUCAAAUCAGCAGUUUAGCUGAUAUAUACACGGAUGUUUGUCAAUAAGGGAAUUUUCCAUAUGGUGUUGUUUUCUUCUGUAGUAAGUUUGAAUGUGAUUAAAUUUUAUCUAAUUGUUGAUUAAUUCUAAGAGCAGUAUCCUAGUUGAAAUAUGGUAUUUUAACUGCCAGCUACUCCUUGGAUGUAAAUUGUCAAUCACAGUAAAAUGCUGUGAGACUUUGCUGUGAUCACUUCCAUUUAAGAAGACUGCCAAUUUUAACUAAUUAUGUGAAAGUGUGGAGAAAGAUGUUUUGCUUGUUGACUAGUGUAUCAUACUUUUUGUAGUUAUCUUCCAAUUCCACAUGUGUUCUGCAUCAGAAUGGAGUCAUGAAAAUUUGUUGUUGACUUGAAUGUACUUGUGAUGUUUAUGUACCUUGGGUAGCUCAUGAUAAAUGCAAGUGCCUUCCUCAAUUUGUGAUGUUUGUUGUUGCUUAGUGAUGUAAGGUAAGAUUCAAUCAUUAUCAUUCCACUUCAUGGAGUCAAGCUGUUUACAUUUUUUUUUUUGCAGCAAUGCAGUCCUUUGUUUGAAUUUCUUUGUCAAUCCUUUUUUGAUAUCUCACGGGACAUGAAAGACAAAACAUUUAUUAGUGAUAUGAUGUGUGUUUAGUUUUUAAAGUUAUUUCCUAGGUUGAAACUCAGAUGAGUUUGUGUACUAGUUUCUGGCAAUAGGAACAAUUGACCAGAGUUGCAAGUCAUGUGCCACAAAUAUCUGUGCAACCCCAGAUAAAAGACAAGCCAAAGGGUUUCCUUAACAAAUGAAAAUACGUAUUGUCAGUGACAUCUAUUUCAAUAAUCCUCCUUCUUCUGGAAGUGUUUUAUUGUUAAAAAGACAUUCUUUGAAUUUAUCUAUUGAUAUUUCAAUGUGAUUUGCUGUUUCUUCUGUUAUAUGUUGAAUUGCUGCAUUUAAAGCUUAAGAUGCUGUGAAUUUAUUUUCUUUGACUAGUGGUGUUGAGCAGCAUGGCUAUGUUCUUUUUUCCAAGGUUUUGAAUGUAUUUUUUUAACACUUAACUUUUCAGAGUUUGAUAAAAGUUGUUGUAUCAAAGUUA